UGACACACAGCACUGAGUGCAGCUUGCCUGCCUGGGUCGAACUGAGCUAAAGAAACGACAGGAGAAGCUGCGAACAUCUGGCCUAACAUCAUGAAAGGACGUCGGAACAUUUAGAAAAAUACGGUGACUUGGCAAAUAUCUGUUAUGAAGGAAGAAUGGAGUUCCCAGACCAUAGCCGUCAGUUGCUGCAGUGCCUGAGUCAGCAGCGUCACCAAGGUUUCCUCUGUGACUGCACUGUUCUCGUUGGGGAGGCGCGAUUCAAAGCACACAGAGCCGUGCUGGCCUCAUGCAGCAUGUACUUCCAUCUCUUCUACAGGGACCAGCCAGACAAAAGGGACGUUGUGCAUCUGAACAGUGACAUUGUGACAGCCCCGGCUUUCAGUCUGCUCCUUGAGUUUAUGUAUGAGGGGAAGCUGGAAUUCAACACUCUGCCAGUGGAGGAUGUCCUGGCUGCGGCCAGUUACCUUCACAUGUAUGAUAUAGUGAAAGUGUGCAAAAGCAAGCUGAAAGAUAAGGAACUAUCCACCCUGGAUGAGAAGGUUAGCGAGGGGAUAACACUGGAGAACUCCUCAGACAGCGAGCUGCACAGCAAGCAGCCAGGGCCAGGCCGGCGACAGACACGGACACAGCAGCCGCACCAGAGAGCCCCCCCGGGAGAGGAGUUUCACAUGGACAACAGCAAAGUCAGGCUGGCUGUCACAGAUUGUGAUAGGUCUGCACAGAGCAGGCAGAAGGCAAAUGGUCACCCUGGCAGGUCCCCGGACCUUGUAGGUGUCAAUUACGUGUCAGCAGAGGCCGAGCCCUGCGUCCAAACAGCUGGAAAAACAAAAGCUGAUGUCAGUAGUUCCACAGUAUUGCUGUCCCAGAGGUCCCGGGCUUCAGAUGACAUGGACUGUGCUCUGGAUUUGUCUUUCAAGCCACUGUCUAGCAGAGAUCCCUUACACCCCUCCUAUGUCUCAGGACAGCUGGCCCUCGACAGCCAGCAGCAGGGCACUGAGCCACUUGUUAAAGACGAACACGACUUGCUGUCAGAGCAGGAGGACAGUGAGCCGAUGAGCCCGGAGAGCCAGCGCUUUGGGAAUAGUGCCAGGAGCUCAGUGGUGACAGGGUUCACUGCCCUCUUCCCAGGCAACAACGGCUCCACGGCGAGGAGGGGGAGGCUGCUGGGGGACAGUGAGGAGGAGGAUGACCUGGCCUCCUCGGACAUCUCCACUUCCAGUGGGGUGCUCCUGCCCCCGGGGCAACAGGUGUGUGUGUGCCCACUCUGCAGCAAAGUGUUCCCCAGUCCCCAUGUGCUCCAACUGCACCUCAGCUCGCACUUCCGCGAGAAGGACGGGGCGCGCUCCAAGCUCUCCCCUGACGGCUCUGUUCCCACCUGCUCACAGUGUGGCAAGACCUUCUCCUGCAUGUACACCCUGAAGCGGCAUGAGCGCACACACUCUGGCGAGAAGCCGUACACCUGUGGCCAGUGCGGCAAGAGCUUCCAGUACUCUCAUAACUUGAGCCGGCAUGCCGUGGUUCACACACGUGAGAAGCCUCAUGCCUGCAAGUGGUGUGAGCGGCGCUUCACCCAGUCUGGGGACCUGUACCGCCACAUCCGCAAGUUCCACUGUGGCCUUGUCAAGACCCUCGCCAUUGGAUAAACCCCUCUCACCAGUGCCAUGAAAUAAGACAGAGUAACGUUUUAUUACUCCCUGAGUACUACUGCGUAUACUUUUCUAGUUAUACAUAUUCACAAAUGAAUAAUGACAUAUCCUUUUGGAAUUCUACUCUGUGGCAUUUCUUAAGUUAAAUUGUAGCAACUUUAGAAUGCACAAAACUGGAUUUCACUGGAAAGAUGUUGGGCUUUGACAUUGGCCUAUAUGAUUUAGUUGCACAAAACUAACAUUCUUUUCAACUCAAGCUGGAUGUACUGUAUGUUAAAGGUGGACAAAUCAGUUGCACUUGUCUAUUUCUGUAUUGGUACUGCUGAGCUGGAUGAAGAGUGUUCUGCUGAAACAUUUCUAUGUACAUACCUUAUGCGCAAGGAAAUUCUAGCACAAUAUCCUGAAUGGAUGAACAACGUCUGAGUAGUGCACAUGGGGAAGGAGAAACAAAAACCGUCCAAGAGUAGCAGUAUAUUUUCUUUUUUAAAUCCAACCUUAUUUAUUAGUCUACUUGCUUAACAGGAACAAAUAUCAAAAGGCACUGAAAAAAUAUUUGAAGUUGGAAUACUGGAUUUUUUUUGAGGGGUAGCUAGUAUUUACAUUUUCUUUAUGGUAGGGAUGAAGCAGACCACAUAAAUAAUGUUACCUAGAAUAGAGGACUAAAAGAAAGAUGAGUGGCAAGGGUUUUUAAUAUCAUAGUAAAAUGGAGCUUGUCCUGAAGGAAUUACUUUUUUGCUGCACUGGCCUUUCAAUGUUCAUCACAGCUUGCUUAGAAUCAGGCUGCUGAAUGAACAUUAGAAGUGAAUUGUAUUAUCACCUUUACACUCUAGCAUGAUGCAUACAGUUUCACUAUGAAGUGAAAGAAUGCCCGUAUCACUGGUGCCUACUGAUAUUCUUGACACUCCUGCUGUUCUCAGGCAAGCAUGGGACCUCUUGCCAUCAAUACAACUAAUCUAUAGGCCUUCAAAAACGUGGUUAGCACUUUCUGUUUACAGUGCAUUAAUACCAGGAAAUAACUUGGUCACUCUGUGAUAGUAUGCCAGUUGACUAAUCAGUGUACUUAGAAAAAUGUAAUAAAUGUGCCAUAAAUCAAGCUUUUAUUGAUUACCAGUUGACUUCUAUUUAGUAAGUCCAAUUUCUGGGUUAAUUUUCUGUAUUUCGGCACUGUAAAAGAAAGGGUAACCACGUGAAUAUUCCAUUACUGUCCAUGUAAUAAUGCUGGAGGCAUGCCCCGAUAGACAGGGCAGAGAGUGGGUGAGGUGGUAAAUAUAUACUCUGUGUGCCUCAGUGCUUCUCUGAGGAGAUGGUGUACUGUGGAUAUCUUGUCGCCACGCUGUUCUUUCAUCAGAACUUCAUCAGUUUAUUUUGCCCCUUGCAUUUACUCUUAUACUGUCCUAUCUAUUUUUCUGUUAAUGUUGAAGUACUACUGAUAAUGUUUGAGUGAAACCUUUGGUGAAACUUAGCUUGACAGAGUCCUUGGACAGAAUAUGUACUUUGAGCCUGUUAUGUGUUGGAAGGGUUUCAUUGUAGUUGGGUUCAAUUUGAUGCUAUACAUAUGGAUUCCUACAAGGUGAGUAGCACUAAAAGUCCAAGAAAUUAGUUUAAUCUGUCCUGAGAAGACUUGAUCAGAAUUAUUUAUUAGUUUAACUUGGUUCAGGGUUUACUUUAGGUGUGAUCUGUUAAGAUGAGCUAAUUUCUCUAAGCUUGAAAGACUGUUGAUGUCUUGCCUUGGUAUUGGGGAUGUUUUUAUUACUUUCUGCAAAUCCUGUUACUGUAAUGAAUUGGUCUGUUAAUGUAUCUUACACAGAAUUCUUAAAUUAAGUAUUCAAGAUUUGUCUCACCAACCGUAGCGAAGCACUUGUUUUGAGCAUGCAUAUAGUUUCAACACUGAUAUUGUCUAGGCUGCUAUUUCUUACUAUUUGUAUAUUUAAUGUAAAUAUAUAUUCUAUUUAUCAGUGUUGUUUCUCUUUAUUACAAGAACACAUGUAGAGUUGAGAAAGCAAGGUGUCUUACGAAGGCUUCAAUCUCUUAGGGAAGAGUUUAAUAUCUUCCCUCCCCCUUGAUUUGGGCUUCCUUUUCCUGUCACUCCAGUGAAUUUGGUUUCCUUUUUAUAUUUAAGGUCUCAUAGGCCAUCUCUUCACUACAUAUCAGAAAAGGGAAUAAUAUUGCUAUGACUGCUGUUUCAGCAGAGGAAGCAGUUAUUCACAAGCCCAAACACACUGAUUAUGGUAUAGAAUAUCUAUAGAAAUCCUACAAUACGAACAUUGUUCUCCUGUCCCAGGUAGUUCUCAAGGGAUAAUUUUGCAUCUCUGCUUUCGCUGUGAGGGAAAAAGUCAGCAUGAGUCUCUCUUUGCACUUUUCGUAUUGAAUGGAGCCAUUGGAAUGUGAGAAAUGCAUUUAGCAAUGGGAGAUCUGGGAGACAGUAAACAGGUGCAUUGUCUGGAGGCAUCAAAGAACAGCCCUCAAUUCCCAGCAUGCAUUAGAUAAGUGCUUCAUUGUUCUUUUAUGUGGAGAGGAUACCACAGUGACUCCAUAGCAUCUUAAUCAACACAAUCUCUCUUUAAUUGUUGAUGUUUCAAGAACCUGUUUGAUUUGAGGUAUUGCAACACUGAUUAAUCUGAUUUUUAUAAUAGGAAAAGUAGUAUGUAGGUAGUAUUUAUUAACAUCCAGUUAUACCUAUUUCAUCAUCCUCCCACUGGAAUGAGUUUCCCAAUAUUUCAUGAAGCUGUGUGUUUUCAGAAAUGUCAUGUAGUGUUAACAAUGAGUGGUAUUUCAAUCAAAACACAGGAAUGUAGAUUCAUUCGUGUAUUUUUCUCACUUUUGAAAUAAUUUUUUUUGCAUGAUGCCGUUGAAACAAUGAUUUAUUGUUUUUCUCAUGUACACAUGCAGCUGUGCAGGGUUAGAAAACUAUGUAAAAUCUUCUCGCUGGUUUCUCAGUCAUUUAUUUAUAUCUCCAGGAUCAUCACAGAAUGUGCCUUGCAGACACAAGUGUUGCACCUGGAGUUGCCCUUUUUGUACACUGUAAGUUUGCCACAGACUGCUGUGAUGACCAUACAAACUUCUGUUAAUUAUUUAAAUUUAUUCAUGGUAUCAAAAUGUCAACAAAGCCCAUUGUUUUGAAAUCUUUGUAAAAGUUUUUAAUCAGGAAUUCAAUGUAAUGUUAAGCAAACUGAACGCAGUUAUUUGUUUUGUUUGGCUCUAAGCCAAGUCCAUGUUUAGGAUUGAACCUAAUUGUGUUCCAUAUGAUGUCAUGUUUAAUGUGAAACACUGAGAGAUAGAUUUAAUUUAUGUUUGAAAACUCAUGCCGGUGCUCCUGAUCGUGGGGUUAUGUUUUCCUAAUUCAUGCUAUAGGAUUUUACGGUCUAGAACUGAGUAUUAGGUUACAUUUAAUACUGGAAUUGUGUCUUUGGCAGGUUAAGACUGUGAAAUUGUGUGUAAUCAUGAGAAAUAUUUAUUCAAUUGUUUCUUGUGCAACAUUUGUCUCAAUUUUGAUUUGUAAAAUGAAAGAUGCUACUAAGUGUCAAUGGACAUCUUUUUAAUAGAAUUUUUAGAAGUGCCAUUAGAAUGUAAUAAUUUUUUAAUAAGAAAGGUAUAUUUUAUAGUAAUCAAUUGCUUCUGUGUUAGUGGUUUAUAGAUUAGGGGACAAUCUUAUGCAGAAUUGACAUUGUAGAACUCGAGGCAAUUUAUUUCUGUUUUGUUUGCGCUUUCUGAGUGUUUGUGUGUGUGCGUGCUGUGGAGAUGUGACAAUCUUGAGUUAGGUCUUUUAUUAAAAUUAUGCAUAGAUUAAACAGAACCCUUUUCUGUGA